AAAACCUUAAUCUAAGAUAUUGUGACCCAAAAGCCACAUAUGUUACAAAAGCAAAAUAAGAAUUGUUUCAAUAGCAAACAUUUGUACCAUAACAAAAUUUGUUCCAAUAGCAAAUAUAUGUUUCAAAAGUAAAUGUGUUAUAAUAGCAAAUAUAUGUCCAAUAGCAAAUUUGUCUUACAAUAGCAAACGUGUGUCCAAUAGCAAACAUGUGUCAAAAAACAAACAUAAGUUACAAUAACAAAGAAGUCUUACAAUAGCAAACAUGUGUUAAAUCGCAAAGAUGUGUUCAAUAGCAAAUAUGUCUUACAAUGCCAAACAUGUGUUAAAUAGCAAAGAUGUGUUCAAUGUGUUCAAUAAGAAAGAUGUCUUACAACAGCGAACAUGUGUCCAAUAACAACCAUGUGUUACAAUAGCAAACAUGUGUUCAAUAGCAAACAUAUAUAACAAAUAUAAAACUGUAACAUUCAUUCACAGUAAUGUUUUUAACCUGUUAUUUUUAAUAACCUAUCUAAAGUCUUAUAUAGCAGCUACAAAUUUUUACUUUUAUUUCUUAAAUAUUCAGCAUUUUUUUGCAUUAAAAUAUCAAUAAAUGCAAUGUAUAUUACAUUAAAAUCUACAUUAUUCGUUACUUAAAUUUAAAACUAUUACUUUUUCUUCAUGUAAUUUUCGAUUUCCAAUCAGAAGUUUAUUGUACAUAUUUUAAUGAUGAAGAGAAAACAGGUAAAAGCACACUCUUGUAAACAAAACAUGCCGGAAAAAAACUUAUGUGACCAUUCCCAUAAAACUUAAGAUACAAUUAAACACUCCUGUGAUAGAAAACUUAUGAAUAACAAAUGUUUCACUCUUCCUACUUUUGUAUGGACAUCUCAACCAUUAUUGAAUUGUCGAUAUAUCAAUUAGCACAUGUCUUCCUAUAUAAGAGAAAAAGUCUUCAAACCACUUCAUUAGAUACCAUUCAACAUUGAAGAUGGAACAACCAGGGGCAUCUGUAGACAAAGCCAAAGAAUGGGUUGGAGACGUAAUUGCAAGUGUUGGAAGAUCUUUCCGAAGAACGCAGACAAUGCCGCGGAGAGCCAAAAUUGCGUCUUUUUACAGCAAGCAAAAUUACCAAAGGAAAAGAAGCGCAGAGUUCGAAAAUUUAAGGACGGAGGAAUGUACCUACUUCAAUCGCUUAAAAUCAUAUUGGUCAUCAGCAUUUCAAGACAAUGACGGACCUGAAGAUGAUGAGAUGAAUGGUUCUUCUAACAACGACGAUAACGGGCCUGAAGAUGACGCAAGACAUGGUUUUUCUAACAUCGAAAAGGGUUUUCAUCAAAAAAAUAAUGCAAGUUUAGAAGUGAAAAAUAUAAUGAAAUCAACGACGGCUCAUUCGUCAAGUUGUAGCAUGUCUAUUUCUGCCAGAGCCCUUGAUGGAUCGACGUCAAGUUUGUGCUAUAACAGGAUGUCAAGAAGAAAAAGCGAAAUUGUACACACAGAAAUUGUCCAAAGAGUUUCAAUCGGGAAUGAAAACGCCUAUGGCCGUUUAGUAUCUCAACAAAAAGAAUCUACAGAUUCUGGUUGCUGUAUUGACUACAAAGGAUCAAUGGAUGAACAGAAGUCAUUUGAAGACGAACAAUAUUCAUCUAAGUAUUGGUGGAGAACAGAAUUAGAAAAUUUGAAACAAGAUGAUGCAAUAGAUGAUGAGGAGUCAACAAAAAAUGUUAGUACGGACAGUAACACAACGCCAAAUGAAAGAACAAAGACGGACUUUGAAGAAACGUUUUCAAAAAAUUAUUCAGUGUUUUGCGAGAAGUUGGAUAAUAUACAGAAGGCUGCCGGCGUCUCUUUUGACCAAGAAUGUAUGGCAAAAUCUCUGUCUUUCAACCUCAACUGUUUGUCGUCUGCUUCAACAAAGAAUAAGAAUACAUCAGUUUUGCGUAAAACACCUAAACCUGAUGGAGUAAUUACAAUAAGCAUGCAACAUUUCCAAAAGUCACGACAGUUACGAAUAAUCUUACACUCUGUAGAAAGUUCAGUGGAGAACAACAGAAAAAUGCUCUGUAAAGUUACACUCACGGGGAAGCGCAAACCGCAAAAAGGAAAAUCACGGACAACUCGUUCUAAUAACGGCAAUGCUGAUAUUAAGAAGACGUUUUACAUGAAUUCUGAUGAAGAUUUGAUUGGUUAUGUACUGAAUAUACAGCUCCGCACAGUGUCAAGAAUUUUGAAGCGACAGACCGUAGUUUGUGAAGCAAGUAUCGCCUUGGAGAACAUUGACCUUGACCUUGAUACAACUAUGACAGUCAAAAUGUAUGAUCCCGAUACCGUGAAACAGGUACUCAUUUUUUUCUUAAAGUAUAUUUCAGCCGCGUCACGACAAAACCAACAUAAUGGGUUUGCGACAGCAUUGAUCCAGACCAGCCUGCACAGCCGCGCAGUCUGAUCAGGAUCCCAUGCUGUUCACUAUCAGUUUCUCUACUUGUUAUAGGGUCUACUUGUUAUACGGUUUGUAAGAGAACAGCUUAGACCCUGACCAGACUGCGCGGAUGCUGGUCGCAAACGCACUAUGUUGGUUUUGUCAUGACGCGGCUCAUUUUAUACAGAAAAUUUAAAGUUGAUUUAUUAUAAGAUCUUCUAACAGGAUGUUGAAAAAUGAAAUUUUUACAGAUCUUGUUCAAAAAUAGCAUCAUAAUGAAUCCUCUGAACAUAGGGGGAGAUAUAAGAAAAUAUGCCAAAAUUAAGCAGUUGAUAACUUUGAAAAGCUAUAAGUUAUGUUAUGUUUCAGCACAAAGAGAGCAAUAAAUAAAAGAAUCACAUUUUAAAAGACACAAAUAACGAUAGUUUACUUAUAAAAAACUGUAUAUAUAGGUAUAAAACUGUAUAAUUACAAAUGGAAAAGUGUGCCCUUUCAAUGGAAUUUGCCACUUACACACGUGAAAUGCACAUUUUAAUUGGAAAAACUCGUAUAUGCCAAUCAAAUACAUUUUUUCUCUCUUAUUUUUCUUCCAGGUUGGUAAUGAGGAUACAGUGGAUAUAAUUUCUGAAAACAGGUCCAUCCUUGCCGAGGCAUCAGCCUUACUGUAUGGAACAUCGGAGACAAGUAAUUCUAAAAUGAUGCGACAUCUAUCGCUCCCACAUCUUCGGCAUGAUGGCGUCAAUUUCAACAGAUAUCAAAGAUCCAUGACACUUGAAAGCAAAUACCGUAGCCAUCCCAGAAUUCCUGACAACAAACUUGGGUCGCUUCUGAACACAUAUAGCAUUUCACAAGGCACUUAAUUGACUUCUAUUUAUAGCCACAGUGUGAUGUUCUUGAAUGGCAAUCGCCAUCUUCUUCUGUUGUAAAUGUCAAACAUUUUAACAGUAACAAUGCUAUGCUAGUAUUUUACUAUAGAAUUUUUCAUCGCCAUGUAUAUAUUGAUGUUCAAUUUCAUUGUUUCUUUAUUUGUUAUUGAUUUAUUUGUUAUAUAUGUAUGUAAAAAAAUAAAAUAACAACUCACAUUGACCAAAUUUUACUUCUGUGAAGAAAAGGGUAUGUAUAUCAUAAGGUCGUGUGAAUUUGGAAUGUUUCUGUAAUAUACAUGUAGUGCAGGAAAUAUCAAUAAAGUGCUUAAGAAAACAAGUUGUUGUUUUUAGUGUUAGGCCUAUAUGUGCAUUUCUUAAUAAUGCAUUUGAUUGGCCUAAACACUGCUCUAUUAUAAUACUUUAAGUUUGUAGUUUGUUUCAUACUUAAAGCAUCCUUAUUGACCGAUCCUAUAAAACUACGUCAGUAUACGACAAUCCUAUUUUGUGUAUCAAAACACAAAGAAAGUCCAUUAACAUCAUCUAGUUAUUUACUUUUUGUUGUUGCCAUUCCUUUAGAGACAAGAUGUUUACAAACAAAAGGAUUGAAGUAGCGGCACUUCGAUUUUAAAAUUUGUUGCCAAAUAAUUGAACUUUGUUUUCACGUACAGUAUCCUCAAAAUUUUGUUUUUGCCAAAUACAUAAUCUUUUUAC